CACACAUAUAUAUUCAUCCAAUCUGCUAAAUUGGUAUCCAAAACUAUUCAACUUUCUCUCUGAACUCCUCCAAGUUAGGAGUUUGGAGAGUGGUCACCGCUGAAGCAAAGCCAAAUUUCUUGGGGGAAAAGAAAAUGGAGUUUUCCAUGAUUUUUAUGAUUAGCUUCUCUGUAUUGAUUUUGUGCUCCUCACUGGCAUAUGGUCAAGUUGCAAUGAGCACAAGCCCGACACCGUCACCCUCACCAGCACCGGCACCGGCACCGACACCGGCAUACACAAAUCUCAAAGACUUACUCUCUGUGGCAGGUCCAUAUCACAAGUUCCUGGACUACCUCGAAUCGACUAAAUUAAUCGACACGUUCCAAAUCCAAGCCAACAACACGGUUGAAGGCAUUACGAUUUUCGUACCGAAAGACAACGCAUUCAAGGCUCUUAAGAAGCCUUCAUUGUCAAAUCUAACUGAUGAUCAGCUCAAAUCAGUGCUCCUUUUCCAUGCCUUACCACGAUACUAUGCCCUUGCGGACUUCAAUGACCUAAGUGAGAAAGGCCCUAUUAGUACACUUGCUGGUGGCCAAUACACUUUGCAAUUCAACGACGAUUCUGGUACCGUCCGCCUCGAUUCCGGAUGGAGCAAAACAAAAGUCACCAGCGCAGUACACACGUCCAAGCCAGUCGCAGUCUAUCAAGUCGAUAAGGUCCUUCUUCCGGAGGCCAUUUUCGGGACCGACAUACCUCCGACACCUGCACCUGCCCCGGCUCUUGGUAUUAGCCCAUCAGCUGACACUCCAUCAGCAGCAAAAUCCGAAGAAACUGGUUCCUCAUCAAAGCCUUCGUCUUCGGGUUCAUCCUCACCUAGGAUCAUGAUGAACUCGGGCAUUUGGACUCAGCUGGUUUUGGCAUUCUUAGGUGGAUGGCUGGUUCUAUUUUUCUGAGAUGUUAUAAUUUUAUGUUAUGGGGUUCUCAAUUUACUGUGAUUUUUAGACCCCAUUUUCUUUCAUAUAUAUGUUACUGUGUGUUAUUAUAAAAAGAAUGUUAUUGUGUGUUAAGAAUAUGGUUGUGUUAUAAUUACCAUUUCAAUUUUAACGGAGUUUAGCCUUAAAUCUCUGUUUUUCA